AUGCAUGAAUCAGUGAUUCUCUCCAAUUCCGAGUUAGAUAAAUUGUUAUAAAACCUGAAGUCAAUUUGGCUACCAAAGAAAGAGAAGGAGGUAGAAAUAAGAGUUUACAAACUGAUUAACUUAAAAUUAGAAGUUCAAUCCUUGAUUAAAAAAAUCACGGAGAAGGUUAAUGAAAGCUUAUUACAUAUCGAUAAUAUGAUCAAUCAAACAAAAAUUGAGGUUUAGUCAAUCAGGGGAAAUAUCGACAGGAUCUAAAUUAAAGAACUUAAGGAUUUGAAUUCUCUAAAGCAAUCUAUAAAUGUUUUAUUGUGUCAGUAAAGUGCAAGUUUAGGCUAAUAAUUAAACAAUUUGUAAAUGAUUUGGAAGGUUAAUAUAUUGGAAAAUAUGGAAAGGAAAUUGAAGCAAUUGUCUGAGGGUGACUCUAAAUGUAGUUUUGAUUAAUAUUUCAAUUUAUCAUUCAGAUUAAAAAAUAAUAACAAUUGGAUUUGUGACAAACAUUUUGAGUAGAUCUUUUAUGUGAAUUUGUCAGAAAAUGUGAAUAUUCAAAAUAGAUUAGCUUGUAAGAAAUGCCUAUCAUAAAAUCAGGAGUAUAAAUAAUUAGAUGAAUUACAGCAGUUAUGGGAAUAAAAUGUUCAAUAGACUUUGGGGAAAUUCAAUCAACAUUAAAACAGUCUCAUCGUUUAUUGGAACAAAUUAAUUGACGAACUUCAGAGAUUCAAUAAAAUUGUGUAUUCCUCAUCCAAUCUCAAAAACGACAUCCUUCAAUAAUAGUUUUAAUUGAUGUAAAAGGAUUGGCCCUCCUUAUCAAAAGUAGAAUUACAUGACAUAGCUUGCAAUUAGAAUAGAUAGCAAAAUUAAUUCAUCUUCUCUUAAAUUGAAGAGGAAUCGUUGAUCAAAGAAAGCCAACUGCUUCACUUUAUCAAUGUAUUCAAACAAUUUGUAAAUUAAUUAGAUAGUACAGAUGGCUCCAAUCAAAAUGAAAUCUCUCUCUAAAAUUCUUAAUUGCAAUCAAAUAGGAUUGAACUUGUUAAUCCGAAUAUGAUAAGACAGAUGUUUUUCCUUCGCUUUUUCUUUGGAUUCCUCUGUUAUGGUGGCUGGAUAGAACCGUAUGAUCAAAGUCUUCGAGUUUAAGGAUGGAAAUCUGUUAGAAAAGCAAUAAUUGACCGAUCAUAAGGACUAUGUGAGAUGUCUGUAUUUCAUGAAAAGACUAUGCAAUUUAUUUCUGGAAGCAAUGACAAUUUAAUAAUGAUUUGGACUUGGGAUGACAAAAGAAACUGGUAUUGUGAGUAAAGGUUGGAGGGUCACACGGAUUACAUACGGGGAGGAUUAAUAAUGAAUAUCAAAGAAGAUUUAAUUAUAUCGGGCAGUGAUGAUAGCACGAUUAAGUUUUGGACUAAAAAUAACAAUAAUUGGAGUCUUCAUCAGACAUUGAACGAGCAUAAAAAGGAGGUGAAGAGCUUAAGUUUGAAUGAUUCAUAGAAUUAAUUAAUUUCGUGUUCUUUUUGGAAUGAAAUCCUUGUCACUGAAUUUAAGAGUACUCAAAAUUUAUGGGUUACAAUAUAAAGGAUAUCAGUGGAUAUGAAUGGUUAUAGUUUGUGUUUCAUUAGUGACACUCUUUUUACAUUUUAACCUCAUGAAUUGAAAGUGAUGCAGAUUUAUGAAUUAGAUAAGAAUACUAAACAAUUUGUGAUGACAAAUUUAGUGAAAAUUAAGUCUGAUGACAACAGAUGCGAUUUCUUUCCUUAGUAGUUUAAUAAGGAGAAAUAGGUACUCUUACAUAAAAAUGGAAGGACAAUCAACAUUAUUAAAACCAUUGAUAGUCGACAAUUUAUUCCUGUUUAAUACAUAGAAAAUUGUGAUAAUUAUCUGUAUGGAGCUAUGACUCAUGAUGCUUAAUAUUUGGUGACAUGGGACAAUGAAGAAAAAGAAAUAAAAAUAAGAAAAUACAAGGAAUGA